AUGCAGGCCCCUAUGGCGGUAGCGCCCCUUCUCAGUAUCUUACCCGAGGCUAACUUCGCUACCUUUUCUUCUGACGUCUGCUGCGCGGCCCUUCAGGCGACUUCCCUCCGCGAUCAGGUCCUCUACCCCUUCAGUGCCGGAUACAACGAGUCAGCGACAUCGUACUUCGCGACGAACGCGCAACUCAGCCCCUGGUGCAUCGUCCAGCCAUACUCCGCAGAGGAUGUCUCGAUCGCAGUCUCCACUCUCGUCCAGGCCGACGAGUCCCAGUGCAGGUUCGCCGUGCGCAGCGGCGGCCAUACCCCCGGGGCUGGCGUAGCCAACAUCGAGCAGGGCAUCACCAUUGAUCUGUCCAUGAUGAAUAGCACGACCUACCACGAGGACAAGGGCAUUGCGUCGAUUUUGCCUGGCGCGCGCUGGGAAUCAGUCUAUACGGCUCUCGACCCCUACGGAGUCACUGUACCUGGCGGUCGGUCUGGAAAGGUCGGCGUAGGCGGAUUCCUCCUUGGAGGCGGAAACUCAUUCUACACCGCACGCGUCGGCUUCGCCUGCGACAACGUUGAGAACUUCGAGAUCGUGCUCGCGAGCGGCUCCAUCAUCAACGCCAACCGAACCAGCCAUCCGGAUCUCCACAAGGCCCUGAAAGGCGGCUCGAACAACUUCGGCGUCGUCACCAGAUUCGAUCUGAAAACCCUCCCGCUCGAUCUCCUCUGGGGGGGCCUAGUCGUCUACGACAACUCCACCACCGCGCAGCAGAUCGCCGCUGCCGUCGACUUCACCGAUAACCUCCACACCGACCCCUACGCUCACUGGAUCGGCACAUGGCGGUAUAGUUCGGACACAGACGCGAAUAUCAUCGCCCAUGCCCUCGAAUAUACCAAGCCCGUCCCGAAUGCGCCUCCCUUCCGCGAGUUCGCGAAAAUUGCCAAUAUCUCGGAUACCACGCGCUUGGAUACUAUCGGUAAUUUGGCUGCGGAGUUGGAUCUGCCCCAGGGAUAUCGCAACAUCUUCACGACAGGCACAUACCUCAACAACCCCCAAGUCCUCGAAAAGGCCAUCGCCCUGCACAACGCCAACAUCGAAAAAGCCAAGGCCAGCGCAAAAUCCGCCUCCUGGAACAUGAAUAUCCUCAUCCAACCCUGGCCGAAGCUCUUCUGGGAGCACAGUCAAGCAAAAGGUGGUAAUGUUCUUGGUUUGGAUCGGUUCGAUGAGAAUCUCGUUCAACUCCUCUUCUACUACACCUGGGCCCACCCCACCGACGACCCCCUCUUCCAACCCCUCGCCACAACCAUCCUGUCCGACCUAAACGCCCACGCACAAUCCCUCGCCGCACACAACGAAUUCAUCUACCUCGAUUACGCAGAUACAUCGCAGGAUCCCCUGGCCGGCUACGGGGAGGAUAAUGGGCGGUUUUUGAGAAAAGUCGCCCAGAAGUUUGAUCCCCAUGCGGUGUUUCAGGAGAGAGUGCCGGGGUUUAAACUUGGGUAGGUAGGUUUGGGGUUUAGGUUUAGGUUUAGGUUUAGGGUUGGUUGGGGGGUGAGGUUGUACCUUCUUGCACGUCUGUAUAGCUGUGAUGUUGUAUUGGCUGGUUGAGC